GUGAAUCCCUCGACUUCGAAGUCGACAGCAUGUAGACUCUGCCUGGUAAUCAUUCUCCUUCACAGCCAAAAUGCCAGAAACAAGUCUAGGCCUCGACUUGGCUUCCAAAAAGCAACGUACACGAGGCGAUUACCCUUAUCGUCUAGACUACCGAACGAGAUGGGCCGAUAAUGACAUGUUUCAUCAUCUGAACAAUCCAAUCUAUGGUGUUUUGAUCGACUCAAUUAUCAAUGAAUAUCUCAUCACAAAAAUUGGAUACAACACAACCACAUACCCACGCACGGCUCUUGUCGCGAACACAUACUGCGACUAUUUCGGACAGAUGCAGUACCCCGGAAUGCUGGAUCUAGGUCUGCGGGUUGUGAAGCUAGGCAAGAAUAGCGUCAUGUAUGAAGUUGGAUUUUUUGUUGAGGGCGACGAGAAAGUGAGGGCCGUGGGGGGGUUUGUGCAGAUUUGGGUCAUGAGGGAAAGUGGCAAGGCGCCGCCAGAGGGACUGGAGCCGCAUGUAAGGAAAUCUCUGGAGUCGUUGAUGCAAUCUGGUUUGAAAGAGAAAUCGAAGCUGUGAGCUGGAGUAUAGAUACCCCAUGAUCGUGAGAUCUUCACCGUUGUGUCUUGCUAGACUCCGCACCAACCUGAACGGAUCAAGAAUAAAAUGUCCGUGUAAUUUGAAGC